AUGCGCACUCUCUUCGGGGAGAACAUCCUCUCUCCCUCACCAAAACCUGCGCCUCCCAGCAAAGCGAACCCCUUUGAGCUCUCGUUCCAAUCCAGCGUCGGCGCAAGCUCUCUCUCAUCGUCUACGAGUUCGCCCAGGCAGAACGACUGGUUGACGCAACAGAUACAGAACCAGCAGCGACUAUCCGCCGAGGCGAACAACCACUCGACCCACGAUGCCGCCACUCGAUAUGGCCACGCGAGACGGAAGGGCAAUCCCAAACUCCUCUUUAUGGGGAUGAGGAGAAGUGGCAAAUCAUCUAUCCAAAAGGUCAUCUUCGAGAAGUUCUCGCCGGCCGAGACUCUCUUCCUCGACCCAACCACAAGAAUCGAGCCCUCAACCAUGGAAUCCUUCAUCAAAUUCGAAUCCGCCGAACUCCCCUACAACCUCCCCUACACCGCCCCCGACUUCGACCGCGAUGCCAUCUUCGCCUCGACAGGAGCCAUAAUCUGGGUCCUCGACAUGCAAGACGAAUACUACCACAGCAUAACCAAACUGAUCGAAACGGCCGUCUUCCUCCUCGAAACCUACCCCCACAUCAACUUCGAAGUCUUCAUCCACAAAACCGACGGCCUCUCGGAAGAAUACAAAUACGACACCUUCCGCGACGUGCGCCAGCGGGUAGCAGACGAACUCGCCGACCACGGCCACGCCGAUCGCGGCAUCGCGUUCUACCAGACCUCCAUCUUCGACCACUCCGUCUACGAAGCCAUGAGCAAAGUCAUCCAGAAACUCCUCCCGCAACUCCCCGCCAUGGAGUCCCUUCUCAACAAACUCUGCUCCGCGUGCCGCAUCCAGAAAGCCUACCUCUUCGAUACCAUUUCCAAAAUCUACCUCGCCACCGACGCCUCCCCGACGUUCCUGAAGGACUACGAAGUCUGCUCCGACUACGUCGACGUCAUCGUCGACAUCAAGCAGAUCUACGGCUGGCAGACGAGAGGCCAGGAUGGUGUCUUGGUGACGGACAGUAGUCGGGAGAGCGGUGCGCCCGGCGAGAGCCUGAUUACGUAUGAUCGGAGUGGGAAUACGUACAUUUAUGCGAGGGAGAUUAACGACUACCUCUCCCUAAUCUGCAUCAUGGGCCAAGGCAGCACAGCCGACAAGAGAGUUCUGAUCGAUUACAACGUCAGUAUCCUCCACGAGGCGUUGACGCAGGUCUUCAAAUUGUGA